GUUGUGCUUUGUAUGUUUCCGUGGCCGUCUGUAUAAAACAAUGUACCAUUGAUGCUUUUACGGCGCCAGAUCAUCCGCUCUGCAAUACCUAAAUGGUUCAGCAGUAUAAUGUAAUGUAUGUAUUCAUUUAUUUGCAAACUUUGGUCUGAAUUAAAGUUCACUUAAAACGGGGUGUAAACACUAUUGCUACUACCAGACCAAGCCACUGAAUAGUAUAGUAGACGCAAAUAAAUGCAGACUCUGUAGUCUAAUAUGUCAAAAUUACCUGGACACUCUGGGAUUUCCCUGCUCAGUGACAAAUCUCUGGAAUUCUAUCGGGAUCCAGUGGCUUUUUACCAACGUCGCAUCGAAAAGCAUGGAAGUCGAAUCUUCGAAGCCCGGCUACUCAACAAGUCAACAUCUUUCGUAUGUUCAGUGCAAGGGAUGAAGGAGCUGCUUUGUGAGAAAUCAUCAGUUUUCCAGAAAGAUCCAUCUGAUGUCAUGCAUCACAUUUACGGGGAUAACAUUGUGACAGCCAAUGGUGAGGAGGCCUGCUUGCUGCGUCUCUCCCUCAUGCACCUCUUCACAGGAAAGUGUCUGCAGGCCUGCUCAGACUAUAUCAACAGCGUUUGUGAGCGCUGUCUGAAGGGACUAUCUGCAAGCGAGCAGCCGCAGUCCGUCUACCCCCUGUUCAAACGCCUUGGAACAGAGCUGGUGCUGGGGCUGUUCCUGAACGUGCACCCCGAGGAGACGCCCGACCACUUCCGGGAGAUCACACGGCUCUGCACCCUUCACUGGCAUGGCAUUAUAUCAGCACCAGUCAAUGUGAAGAUGCCCCUGUGGUCCUCAGGUUUCUGCACAGCACUGGAGGCCAAGGACAAGCUGAUAGACAUCAUCCAUGAGAAGCUGGACUGUGAGCAGCAGGGGUUCGUGGCCGACCUGCGGGCUCUUCCCCUUCCAGACGACAGCUGCGCUCCGCAGCACCUCCUGCUGUUCAUAUCGGCCCUGAUUCCCAAAGCGCUGUCCUCCCUGCUCACCUCCUUCACCCUGGCACUGUGCGGGCCCAGCAGGGAGGGGAUCAGGAAACGUGCAAGGGCGGAGCCUGAAUACCUCAACCACGUGCUGCUGGAAGUUCAGAGACUGUGGCCCCCUUUCAUUGGUGGACGACGAAUAGCCAAUCAGGACACCACCCUGGGCAGUUACCACGUCUCCAAGGGAUACGCAGCCAUGUAUGUGAGCCACGCCAUCCACCGUGACCCGGAAGUGUUCCACCAACCGGAGGAGUUCCUGCCCGAGAGGUGGAGCGGGAGGAAUGCUGGUCAGGAGAACCUUCUGUGCAGCUUAGGAAAUGGUCCCAGAAAUUGCAUUGGAGCCCAGCUGAACCACCUGUUUCUCAAGGUGGCGUGUGGGUUCUUGCUGCAGCACUAUGACUGGGACCUCAGCCCCACCUCACAGAACCUACAGUACAAGUGGCUGCCUGUCUCCCGGCCCAUUGUGCCCCCCAUGGUCAGCUUCAAAUCACUGGACUGCAGUACCUCACAACAAACAGAGGGGGCGUCAGCGAGACAGGACAAUGAUUGA